AGUCGCGCGCGAAUAAUGAACGGGUUAUAGAAGAUGCCGCGAUGUGGUUUCUAUGCUGCUUACAACGGAAUUGUGAUUCAUCUAAACGUAGUCUUCAGGAUAUUCAUUUCCCUUUCUGUUCAACAAGGAAAACUCAGACAAUGUGAAGAACAGUACCUUCGUAGGAAUAACACUGAACUUGAAAAUAAACUACUGUUACUUUUUCAAAGGAAAUGUUGCACUGCUCUACAGUCCUGGGUGGGCCUUGACUUCCUCCAUCACACGCCUGCACUCCUUCCGGUCAUUCACUAUCCUUUUUCAUCCACAAAUCUCCAUCCUAUGCAGAUCACCCUCCAUAUCCUGCAGCCAUCUUCUCCUGGGUCUUCAUCUUCGCUGAAAAUUCUAUCCUUAAGCAGUCGUCUCUGAAGUCUGUUCUGCUUCAUUCUCCGGGCGUGUCCCAGCCAGCUGAUUCUUCGUUAUUUUAUGAAGCGAAUCAGGAUAUAGUUGUUUUGGAAAAUAUUGUAUAAUCUAACUGUUACUUCUUAAACAUAACAUAUUUCAGCUAGAGUUGAAAAUAAUUAAAAGUAUAAGGGUAUAAGCACAGAUCUAACGUGAGAAAUUGAUCGAUGAAACACUGUAACCUAAUAUUGCAAGCUAUGAAAUAAGUAAAUUUAGUAAUGUUUCAAAUGAAACAGUGAAGUUUUACAUUUCUAAGUGUUCAAUCCUUCAAUGAUCAUACAUUUUUGGAAGAUAUCCUUUCCACUCGACCAUUAAGUUCCACAUAUCGAAGAGAUCAGAGCAUGGCUCAUAUCGACAGUGAACUAUUAGAGAGAGUGAGAGAGAGUUUGGGUGCUAAUAACUUCAGAGAGCGU